GAAUAAUCAGCCACAAAAGUCGCGUGUCCCCUGGCCCUUGCUUUCCCCGCCUUCCCUUUGCUCAACGUUGACCCAUCCCGACCAACACUCCAUCCAACUGUUGCGCCUGUGUUUUAACUGUGGAUUUUCCAUUCUCAUUUCUCUAUCUCCGCGCUCGGCAAAAUGAAAAUAAACGCGUACACCCUUUUGCUUCCCGUUUUCGCGCGCGUCCUGGCGCAACUGCGCCACCGAAAACAAAGGGAUUCGGGCCCUUGCUCCUAGCGCACCACCCCAACCACCGCCGUUUCCUGCGUUUUCACACUGUCCAUCCGGUGUCGCAGCAGCAACCUACCACCACUUCUACUACUAAAUGUCGAACAGCACCCCUUCGCCUACUCCACCUUCGCCACCACCACCACCACCGUCUCCAGCGUCGGUGACGCAGCCCACCAAGACGCCCCUUGCCGAACUGAACCUGGGUGUGAUCAAUAACAGCAGCAACCGCCUCGCUAAACCGAACCACCAGAAUGUGAUUCUUUCCUCCGGCGAAUGUGCAUGGGCGACGCAAUACCCCGAGAUACAGAAAGCCUGCUUCCUGAACCGCGUCUGCCAGUAUGCGCCGCCCCGCGAACUACGGGUACAGAACGUGGAACCGAUACUGCAGAAUGGGCCCACCUGCGGGCUAACCGCGCUCAGCAUGAUCUUCGACGGGGCACCAUCGUCCAAGGCGCUGCUCGAGCUGGCCGUCGCGCGCGGCUACUCGAACAAUGGCGAAAUGUUCAGUGCCCGGCAGCUGAACGAACUGUUCGAGCAGGUGCUGGAGGAGAACCGGCAUCUCGUGGAGUACAAGCCCGUCACGCACACGCUGGUCGGCGGCUGGAUGGACGAUCCGAACAUCCAGGUCAAGCUGCGGCUAGGCGCAAUGUUUCUCGUACCUUACGAUCCGGACAGGAACCAUACACCCUGCCUUAACAAGGGGCACCGGGCGCACUGGGCGCUCGUUGUCGGCUAUCUGAUUGACCAGUUUGACGACUUUUACGUGUUCGCCCGGCACGGUAAAACGAAAAACCUCGCCCUAUGGUCACUGCGGGACCUGUCCCGCAGCAAUGGGAAUCUAGUCGAGUUCUGCCAACCGGUGGGCCAUCCGAACGAAACGUUCAUCCUGCCCGAGGGUGGCAUGGGCGGAUGCAAUGGAUUGCGGUGCAAAUUCAUCAUGAUCGAGCAUUACAAGGCUAAAAAUGAGAUCGUACUUUGACGUGACCGACGAGGACCGCCCUGCUCCUGCCGAGUAGUGUGUGGUGUGUCCACCGACUGUACAGUGCUCCCUUCUACCCCAUACCACACCCUACGUUUCCCUGUCUGGUGGAAGAUAUUUAUUUACGAUCACCGGAGAAAGAGUGAGAGAUAGAUGCGACUAUUUAUGGAACUAUAUUUAUCUUUAUUCAUAGCUUUAUUUUCGGGUUUCCCUUCUUUUUUUUUGGCUAUAUAUAUAUAUAUAAUUUAUUUUAAAACAUACAUAAAACAGUAUUGAGAUAUUUCUUGCGCUUGCCUUCCUUUAUCUCUAUCUCGCUUGCUUUUGUUCGUUCUGAUGUUCGGGUUGCUUCCUGCUCCUCUGGGGACCAACCCCAGCAGGCGUGUGUCGGACCCUUCGAGCUACCAUCCCUUCUCCGGCUAUCGUCCUGUAGGCAUCCUUCCUGCUUACAGCUCCGCACGCCCUGGUACCAGGUCCGUACCACCAAACCAGAGUUUUGCGUAGAAGAGAGUAUGUAUGGCCUAUCUAGGAUGGGGGAUUCUUUCAAAUUUCCCGAUACUUUCCAAACACACACACGCACACAAACAUACACACCAUCUUCUCUUCCUUUUCUUUUUACUGUAUUUUAGUUUAGAUUUGUUUGGGUUUUUUUUCUCCACUAGUUUCACAUUUAUUGCGCCGCCUUAUUGUAUUCCGUUUUCGAUAAUGGGGGGGAGGAGACACAAUGUAGUAUGAUUGAUGAUCAUGAUCAAGAUGGGUAGUAAGUGCUUAAUGGGUUUGUAUGUGAUUAAUAUGUAUGUUUAAGCUUUUUUGUUUAGUUUGUUUUACUUUCGUUCGUUUGUAUGUUGCUUUAGAACAACGUGUACAGCGGGGGGGGGGGGGGGGGGGGGGGGGGCUAGCCAUGUUACGGGCUUUGGAAACUUAAACGCCACUUCGCACAAUGCCCAUCUGCCAAUAGAGAUAAGUGGUGCAAUCAGGGAUCAACUUGUAAUACUCGCAAAACACUGGCAAAUGGCAUUUUUCCUCCAAACAGUCCAAGGAAAUAAAAUUAAUACAUGAAAAUCCAGCGUUCAAUUACUGCUUCAUUGUGUUUGCUUUGACGAGAAAGAACGAGAAAGAAGAGAAAAAAAAGAUGAAGAAACUAUCAGCUCUGCUAAGAAGGCUUCGUCCUUUGCCAGAAAACCCAGACCGUCCAAAGGAAAUACAAAAAAUGCUCGCCGGAAAAAAAAUUGACUCAAAGAAUCGAGGAAAUCUACAGAUUGAAAAUCGGUUGCCAUAUAGCCGAAAUGAACAGAGCCGGGCACAACUCAUCCCAGGCGAUAUCAAGAACUGGUUAUUUGGUUAUUUGGCCAGCGCCCGGAACUCAUCGUCAAGCGUCCCCCAUUUUGGCCGAGAACCAUGAAAGAAUGCUAAGGGGGACUCUGCUUCGUCCUUUGCCAGAAAACCUAGACCGUCCAAAGGAACUACAAAAGACUCGCUGGAAAAAAAAAAUCCCCACAAGGAUCGCACACCGGACAAACCUUAAGGAUAUAUUCUCGUGAAGGGACAGUGUUUCAGUUUCAAACCAGAACUGUUGGAUUGGUGGUAUCUAGCGGGUUUGAAUAUGGCGUCACAACCGUAGUGGAUCCCUUCUAUGCCCGGUCAACUUCAGCUACUAGAUUCUCGAGUGCUGCUGCUAGCAAUAGUAAGGAUAUUCCCCAAUGCUAUCGGCAAUGGGAUGGGAUGGGAUGUCUUCUUCUUCUUCUUCCUUGGCACUACAACCUCGAGAAGUCUCGGCCUGCCAUUACUGGCUUUCUGUGACUUAAAUUUCCCCGUAGUAAAGUAGUCAGCCCUACGUACGGGGGAGGCGGUCUGGAUGGGAUUUGAACCCCGUGUGAAGACCGGACAACCGGACCGCCCCAUGGGGGAUGGGAUGUCUAUGCAUGCUUAAUUUUCGCAAUUUUGUUUGUCCCCUAUCGUCCCCCUUGGCCUGCCCCUAUGGAGCACAUCUUCGGCAUCCACAUCACGUGCCCCAAAACCAGCGUAUCCUUCCGGCUUGGACAAAGCAUAUCACAGCAUCGCCAAACAGCUUAGCUAACUCCGAGGUUCAUUCUCCUUCUCUGAUGUCACCGAACAUGUAACCAUGUCUCUCCAAAUAUCUGAGAUCAGUGGUAAACGGGCAAACCAACCCACAACCCCUUUGGGAACGAUGGGUGAUACGGCUAAAUUGAGAGGGCGGGGAAGGAGAAGGAUAGCAAACGUCUAUUCUCCAUGUUAGCGGUGGCUGGCCGCGUUCUAGCUUCUUACGAAUCGGAUCCGAUACACACGGGUUCGGUGAUACAUCUUCCCGGUAAAGAUUACCACGGCUGAGAUGAACUGUUUCUAAUGCAAACGCGGCUAAACAUUCACAAUGCGAGGAUUGGGAAGGGUAGAUUGAGGACGGAAAAAAAGGUUCUAGUAAGAGCUACAAUGGCAAUAGUAAAGCCCUGGGGGGGGGGGGAACAUUUAAACCUCGGUCUGUCAUAUCUCUACUACACAUCGAGAGUAACGAACGUUGAUUUGAACGUAUCUCACCGUCGUGGAGAUACCCCGAAUAGAGGCAGGCAGAAAGCAAGCAUGUGUGAGCCUUCUGUACCGAUCGCAUUAGUAAGCUGUUUGAUGGGCCGUCUGUUGCGUUUCCUAUCGGCCGAAAACUGAACAUCGUCAGACAGACGGUGCCAAGAGGAACGGGCAGACAAAUCACUGGAUAGCGCUGUAAGAAGAACCCUUUAGUCCAAACCAAAAACAAAAAAAAAAACGGAUACGGUUUUUGGGUUACAUCCGGCCUUGAUCCGGCCUUGCACCGGCAGCUGCCGGCAGAUUGAAGCUAAUAUAGUAUACAUAUACAUACAUACAUAUAUAUUGGAGUUGCAGCCUUGGUUUUAUGGAGGGCACACUCCAUUUACACUUAUAAAGAGCGCUGAUUGAUGGCGAUUUUAUGAUAUUGUUUAUGUGUUGCUUUACGUUUGUAUGGUUUCUGCUUUCGUUUUCGUAGUAAUCUCCCAUUAGUUUUCCACAGCCAUAAGUAACGACAAGCACACGCCUACGGUACGCGGUUUGUCUUGGGAUCGCAGCACGCUCCAUUUGCGGAGCGGUUUGUAUGCGUGCGUGUGUGUGUGUGUAUUUGAUGGUUAGUCCUUUCAUUCAAGGGAUAUGUGUCAGUGCAUCAGGGAUGUGUAUAUGUGGUGGUGGUGGUGGUGGUAGCAGUAAGCCUGUCGCCAAUGCCCCCAUUUCGCUAUCCGCAGCUUUCCACCGGCUGUAAAAAGCUUUCUUCUGCUACUACUACUACUACUACUACUACUACUACUACUGUUAUUACUACCCCAAUACAGUUGCCUUACCGCCUUUGCGGCAACCGUCAAUAUCACGAGCAUAUUUCAAUUCAUUAUGUCGGUGUGUGUGUGUGUGUGUGUGUGUGUGUGUGUGUGUGGGCAUCCUUCGCAUCGCAUUAAAUGCUUCGAUUAUUAUCCUUACGACCACUAUCCUGCACCGUCCGUCCUUCCGUGUGUGAGUGUGUGUGUGUGUUUGGCGCACUCUUUCCUAUGUACCUCACGCUACUAUCUAUCUCACCCUAAUAUCGUAUAAAAUACUUUACAAUACGCCUGCCCCUCGAUCGGUGUACAAUGCUAUGCUACGUAAAAUACGACUGCUUUUAUGCUCUACACUACGACACUUACAGAAUGCACGACAACAUACAAUACAGAGCAUAACACAAUGAUCCUUCCGUCCAUCUUGAGCUACUUGCAGGGUUCCGCAACAAGAACUAGCUAAUGUGCGAGGCUACUUUUAUGGGCCCUCCUGGUAAGUAAGGGUUGGGUCAUGUAGCUCUUUGUUGGUUAAAGAGGAGAGUACAACUGCUCACUAACAUGUGCGAGAUGAGGUAACUCCGCACACAGCUAAGGGCGUAAUGGUAAAGGUAAUGCAACAGGCAUCAAUCCGCGAGAAUAAAUGAAUUCGACGCCUUCUCUACAUCCGUGAAUAAGUGUAUUUUUUUGUGAAUUUUAGUUACACUUUUGGCAGAUAAAAAACUUAACGUCUUCUUUCUCUCGCUUUAUGGCUGUUACUGCCUGUGUGUAACGCGGUCAUUCGCCCUUUCCCUUCGCUCUCUUUCGCCGGCUCUCUCUCUCUGGCUAGGUUUUUUCUCUUCGGCUGCGCUCGUGGCUCAUCCUUAAGUGGCUGCGUACUUCCGCGGUCGGCUGUCAUCGCACUUGACGUUGACGUUGUAUUUUGUCAACAGUCGGACAGUGCGAAGAGGCCGAAGAGUGCGGAGCUAGCGGUUUUUGAAAUCGAAGAGCGUGCUCAGAGCCCUCAUUUUACUGAGGCAAGGCCUCCCGGUAGCUCUGGAGCUUACUACACCCAACACUACUGGUAAGGAUGAUGUGGACUAUUAUUGCCCGGUAGAACUGGAAUGGCCAGUUAGAACUGAUCUAGGAAAUUGGAAAAGAUGGCUGUAGGCAGACGCUGGCAUUAGUCCACCUCUUUCCCAACCAGGCUCCAGAAAUGGCUCCUCGCCCAUUUGUUAGCACUUCUCGGAAACUCUACGGUAUGUACUGCUGAUGCUGCCGCCUUAUGCCACACUGUGCAGAAUAAAUAGACGUUCAGUUUCGACGGGUAACACAUGGUUUUCCAAUUUCCUGCUCAACGCAUCAAUUGACCAAACCCGGCCGAUAAAGCCAUGGGCCCCGGGUUCAGUCGCGCUCACACGUGGUACCGCUCGUGGGUUUUGUGUGGUUUCAAACAAACGAACGCUCACUUAUGUUUAGUGUGAUAGUUGAUUUUGCUAAUUUUCUAUAAGUAGUUUGAUAUAUGAGCACAUUGAGUUUUGUUUAACGCGAUGGCAUGCUGGCUAACGCAAAAAAUGUGGCCCGGCUGAAGGAGACGGCACUGCGAUGCAAAUAAAACUGGUAAAC